AUGCCCGAUGAUGCCCUCCCGAACCCGCUCUCGGCGGAUACGCGACAGUACCUGGCAGAUCUAGUCAAGCGGCGGUCAGAGCUGCAGGAACAACUGAAGCAGCUGGAGGACUCUAUUUACACCUUCGAGGGCGGCUACCUGGAGAAGACGCAGCAGUACGGAAACAUUCUCAAAGGCUGGGACCGCUAUCUGACGUCGAACCGGUCCGUUCCGUCGGUGAACGACAAGCGGAACAUUCGCAAGUACAAGGAGGCGGAUCGUCUCUUCUCCAAGUCUUCCAGUACUUCUCGAGUCAAUGCUGUGGAACGAGACAGCGACUCACCGGUGAAUGAAAGCGAGACGCAAAAUAACAACAGCGGAUCUGAAGAUGGUAAACGCUAUACUCNUGGAGAAGACGCAGCAGUACGGAAACAUUCUCAAAGGCUGGGACCGCUAUCUGACGUCGAACCGGUCCGUUCCGUCGGUGAACGACAAGCGGAACAUUCGCAAGUGGAACGAGACAGCGACUCACCGGUGAAUGAAAGCGAGACGCAAAAUAACAACAGCGGAUCUGAAGAUGUAGGCGACGGCGCCAUUUCUGCCGAUGAGGUUCCCGGCCCAACGAAUCCUGCCAAGAUGGCUAAGGUGUCAAACAAGUCAAAGAAGAACAUGGCCAAGAGACCAAAGAACAAGACUGAAGAUUAA